AUGUCGCGCCACGAGACGCGGUCGCUGAACGAGCGCCUGGUGUGCGACGUUCCCACCGUGAUUGAUGGGGAGAACUACGCUGUGAUGGGUGGUCUCCUCGGUGGCCUCUUCCUGGUUGUGGUGUACAUUAUACUGAUGAGUGCCAUUGAUGCCUGCUAUAACCGCAAACACAGUCGCGAUGAGGUAUCUCCUCGUGCUCCAUCACCGCACACGCACCCAGACGCGUACAUGCAUGCACAGACAUACGCACGGCAGGCACUGUGGCCCGAGCAUGGCGUCUCUCCGAUGCGUCAGAGCUCAAUGGCGAGUGGUGCCGGUGAUGCCAAUUACUCGCCACGCUCGUUUGCGCAGCGUCGGGUCCGCUUCGACACGGAUGUCGAUCAGGGAAUGGUGAAUAAUUUAGGCUCGCACCCACGGGGCACAUCACAGGGGGAGCGACACCAACACGAACAGCAGCGGCAGGAGCAGACGGCCGCGGGGCAAUCAUCCGAAGUCGACGACGAGAGGCGUGGCAGUGAUGGACAGCAGUGGCGUUACACGCGUGGAGGGUUUCUGCACGGGGAGACCGACUCCCCAUCGCCAGUGGUGCCACCUAGAUGA